CUUUCAUUAGCAACAGGACCUGGGAUUUUGUCGGACCACCAGCGAUCAUACCACAGCUGCUCAAAAGUCGCUUAGGUCACUCGUUUUGCCCAUUCUAACAUUCAAUCGAAUGCCUCUUUUUACAGUCUUGAUUAUGUGGUUUUAUCUGCGCCGAACUUGGUGCAAAACCACGCCCACGAGUAGCCUAGCAAAAGCCGCGCUGAUUGGACAGUUUGUUCUGACGUGACUCUUCAGGAAGUAAACACGACAAUUUCGGGUUAGCUAUAUAGCUAGUAUCAAAUAAGAAACGUGUGUGAAGAGUAACUCCUAGCGACAUCAACAGACUGCCAAUCAUUAUUGAUUUACCUCGCAGCCAGUGGACUGAAGAUUGUCGACACUGCUGGAAGUAUUUUCAAGCUAUUAGCUAGCAAGUUUACAUUCGCAAGUAGCUAGCUAGCUAAUCGACCAUCAUCAUCAUCAUCAACGAUAUUGCUAACUAACGUUAACCCCAACUAAGGGCUUUCCCGUUGUCACUUGUGCUACCGUCGCUGCUCCAAUAUGCCUCGUGAGUGCGCUGUUAAAAUGUGCGACAACAAACAAAAGACUUGGUCGGCGCUAAUGUUUCACCGACUUCCGUUGAGUAAUCCGGACCGAUUGAAACUAUGGAUGGUUGCUCUGAACAAAGAUGCGAAUACCCCGACCGAUGACCUCAGAAAGUUACUCGUGUGCUCGGAACAUUUUCUACCGGGGGACUAUUAUGAGAAGCUGGGACAGGACAGACACAGCAGGAUGAGAAUAAUGAAAAGUUUCCUGAAGGAUACGGCGGUGCCGUCAGUGGCCAUUCACACCACGCCAGGACAACGUGGAAUAAUGGCGGUUGAGACAGGAGACGUACCUCCAGCUGUAGACGAUCCACCAGGGACUGACUCCCUAUCUGCUCCAACCCCACAGCAUGGAGGGGCAGGUGUUGCUACGGCUACGACGGGGUUCCUCUCCCACCUGGGUCUGAGGCUGACAGAGCCUGCUUCAACCUCUGGAACGUACGUGGCUCUGGUACCCACGUGUACACUUAGUAAGAACAUCCCCUUCACGACUACGACGGGGGGCGCAUGCAGAAGGAAACGAACAAAGACCAACGUUCCUGUGGCGCGCAGGAAGAAAGGUCAAAUGGACUCAGCCGCUAAGAAGACUUCAGUGAAGGACUGUACCAGUACGACCUCUACUGCUGGUUCCACUGUCUCGCCUUUCACCACCUCCAGCCCCUCCACCUCCAGCCAGGGAUCCAGCUCUGACAGUAAGGUGUCAGGAGAACCGGACGGAGAACCGGACGGAGAACCGGACGGAGAAGGAGGAUGGAACGAAAGGAAAUGGAUCGUGAACGAGUCGAAACUCAAGGAGCUUUUCCAGACGUGUCACCAGUGCGGCGCUGCCUUGCGUAACAGAACGAUAACCGCUUUGGGUUACAGCCAAAUCAAAGUGACGUGGACUUGUCCCGAUAAGCACAGAGGAGAGUGGCAGUCGUGUUCCGAUGCUUUCGCUAUCGGUCACUACCUGCAGAUGGUUGGUUACAGAGUGUUGCUAGACUCCAUGAAUAGUCAGUUUGUAAGUCAUGAUGACUAAGUAUCUACUACAGAAUGUCAUCUAGUAAAUACCAGGGUCGGAGUAGCCUCCUAUUACCAGACUGAUGACAGUCUGUGGAGAAAAACACAAUGGAAACUUACAGGACUUCACUGUGGAUGUACCGGGUCGGGGUACUUCACUGUGGAUGUACCGGGUCGGGGUACUGCACUGUGGCCGUACCGGGUUGGGGUACUUCACUGUGGAUGUACCGGGUCGGGGUACUUCACUGUGGAUGUACCGGGUCGGGGUACUUCCCUGUGGAUGUACCGGGUCGGGGUACUUCCCUGUGGAUGUACCGGGUCGGGGUACUUCCCUGUGGAUGUACCGGGUCGGGGGACUUUGCUGUGGAUGUACCGGGUCGGGGUACUUCGCUGUGGAUGUACCGGGUCGGGGUACUUCGCUGUGGAUGUACCGGGUCGGGGUACUUCGCUGUGGAUGUACCGGGUCGGGGUACUUCGCUGUGGAUGUACCGGGUCGGGGUACUUCGCUGUGGAUGUACCGGGUCGGGGUACUUCGCUGUGGAUGUACCGGGUCGGGGUACUUCGCUGUGGAUGUACCGGGUCGGGGUACUUCGCUGUGGAUGUACCGGGUCGGGGUACUUCGCUGUGGCCGUACCGGGUCGGGGUACUUCGCUGUGGCCGUACCGGGUUGGGGUACUAGUGGAUUGUCAGAACCUGAGGCGGUGGGUAUGUUCCCUGCUGAUAUAUCUGAAUAAUAUCAGGUCUAACAUAAAAAUGUUACUGCCAUUAACUAGUGACCAGAGCCCUAUUCCCUAUAUAGUGAACUACUGGUGACCAGAGCCCUAUUCCCUAUAUAGUGAACUACUAGUGACCAGAGCCCUAUUCCCUAUAUAGUGAACUACUAGUGACCAGAGCCCUAUUCCCUAUAUAGUGAACUACUAGUGACCAGAGCCCUAUUCCCUAUAUAGUGAACUACUAGUGACCAGAGUCCUAUUCCCUAUAUAGUGAACUACUAGUGACCAGAGCCCUAUUCCCUAUAUAGUGAACUACUAGUAACCAGAGCCCUAUUCCCUAUAUAGUGAACUACUAGUGACCAGAGCCCUAUUCCCUAUAUAGUGAACUACUAGUAACCAGAGCCCUAUUCCCUAUCUAGUGAACUACUUUAGACCAGAGCCCUAUUCCCUAUAUAGUGAACUACUAGUGACCAGAGCCCUAUUCCCAAUAUAGUGAACUACUAGUAACCAGAGCCCUAUUCCCUAUAUAGUGAACUACUAGUGACCAGAGCCCUAUUCCCUAUAUAGUGAACUACUAGUGACCAGAGCCCUAUUCCCUAUAUAGUGCACUACUAGUGACCAGAGCACUAUUCCCUAUAUAGUGAACUACUAGUGACCAGAGCCCUAUUCCCUAUCUAGUGAACUACUUUAGACCAGAGCCCUAUUCCCUAUAUAGUGAACUACUAGUGACCCAGAGCCCUAUUCCCUAUUAUGUGAACUACUAGUGACCAGAGCCCUAUUCCCUAUAUAGUGCACUACUAGUGACCAGAGCCCUAUUCCCUAUAUAGUGAACUACUAGUGACCAGUGCCUUAUUCCCUAUAUAGUGAACUACUAGUGACCAGAGCCCUAUUCCCUAUAUAGUGAACUACUAGUGACCAGAGCCCUAUUCCCUAUAUAGUGAACUACUAGUGACCAGAGCCCUAUUCCCUGUAUAGUGAACUACUAGUGACCAGAGCCCUAUUCCCUAUAUAGUGAACUACUAGUGCCCAGAGCCUUAUUCCCUAUAUAGUGAACUACUAGUGACCAGAGCCCUAUUCCCUAUAUAGUGAACUACUAGUGACCAGAGCCCUAUUCCCUAUAUAGUGAACUACUAGUGACCAGAGCCCUAUUCCCUAUAUAGUGAACUACUAGUGACCAGAGCCAUAUUCCCUAUAUAGUGAACUACUAGUGACCAGAGCCAUAUUCCCUAUAUAGUGAACUACUAGUGACCAGAGCCCUAUUCCAUAUAUAGUGAACUACUAUAGACCAGAACCCUAUUCCCUAUAUAGUGAAUUACUAGUGACCAGAGCCCUAUUCCCUAUAUAGUGAACUACUAGUGACCAGAGCCCUAUUCCCUAUAUAGUGAACUACUCGUGACCAGAGCCCUAUUCCCUGUAUAGUGAACUACUUGUGACCAGAGCCCUAUUCCCUAUAUAGUGAACUACUCGUGACCAGAGCCCUAUUCCCUACAUAGUGAACUACUCGUGACCAGAGCCCUAUUCCCUAUAUAGUGAACUACUAGUGACCAGAGCCCUAUUCCCUAUAUAGUGAACUACUAGUGACCAGAACCCUAUUCUCUAUAUAGUGAACUACUAGUGACCAGAGCCCUAUUCCAUAUAUAGUGAACUACUAUAGACCAGAACCCUAUUCCCUAUAUAGUGAAUUACUAGUGACCAGAGCCCUAUUCCCUGUAUAGUGAACUACUCGUGACCAGAGCCCUAUUCCCUAUAUAGUGAACUACUCGUGACCAGAGCCCUAUUCCCUAUAUAGUGAACUACUUGUGACCAGAGCCCUAUUCCCUAUAUAGUGAACUACUCGUGACCAGAGCCCUAUUCCCUACAUAGUGAACUACUAGUGACCAGGGCCCUAUUCCCUAUAUAGUGAACUACUAGUGACCAGAGCCCUAUUCCCUAUAUAGUGAACUACUAGUGACCAGGGCCCUAUUCCCUAUAUAGUGAACUACUAGUGACCAGAGCCCUAUUCCCUGUAUAGUGAACUACUAGUGACCAGAGCCCUAUUCCCUAUAUAGUGAACUACUAGUGACCAGGGCCCUAUUCCCUAUAUAGUGAACUACUAGUGACCAGAGCCCUAUUCCCUAUAUAGUGAACUACUAGUGACCAGAGCCCUGUUCCCUAUAUAGUGAACUACUAGUGACCAGAGCCCUAUUCCCUGUAUAGUGAACUACUAGUGACCAGAGCCCUAUUCCCUAUAUAGUGAACUACUAGUGACCAGAGCCCUAUUCCCUAUAUAGUGAACUACUAGUGACCAGAGCCCUAUUCCCUAUAUAGUGAACUACUAGUGACCAGAGCCCUAUUCCCUAUAUAGUGAACUACUAGUGACCAGAGCCCUAUUCCCUAUAUAGUGAACUACUAGUGACCAGAGCCCUAUUCCCUAUAUAGUGAACUACUAGUGACCAUGGCCCUAUUCCCUAUAUAGUGAACUACUAGUGACCAGAGCCCUAUUCCCUAUAUAGUGAACUACUAGUGACCAGAGCCCUGUUCCCUAUAUAGUGAACUACUAGUGACCAGAGUCCUAUUCCCUAUAUAGUGAACUACUAGUGACCAGAGCCCUAUUCCCUAUAUAGUGAACUACUAGUGACCAGGGCCCUAUUCCCUAUAUAGUGAACUACUGGUGACCAGAGCCCUAUUCCCUAUAUAGUGAACUACUAGUGACCAGAGCCCUAUUCCCUAUAUAGUGAACUACUAGUGACCAGAGCCCUAUUCCCUAUAUAGUGAACUACUAGUCACCAGAGCCCUAUUCCCAAUAUAGUGAACUACUAGUGACCAGAGCCCUAUUCCCUAUAUAGUGAACUACUAGUGACCAGAGCCCUAUUCCCUAUAUAGUGAACUACUAGUGACCAGAGCCCUAUUCCCUAUAUAGUGAACUACUAGUGACCAGAGCCCUAUUCCCCAUAUAGUGAACUACUAGUGACCAGAGCCCUAUUCCCUAUAUAGUGAACUACUAGUGACCAGAGCCCUAUUCCCCAUAUAGUGAACUACUAGUGACCAGAGCCCUAUUCCCUAUAUAGUGAACUACUAGUGACCAGAGCCCUAUUCCCUAUAUAGUGAACUACUAGUGACCAGAGCCCUAUUCCCUAUAUAGUGAACUACUAGUGACCAGAGCCCUAUUCCCUGUAUAGUGAACUACUAGUGACCAGAGCCCUAUUCCCUGUAUAGUGAACUACUCGUGACCAGAGCCCUAUUCCCUAUAUAGUGAACUACUCGUGACCAGAGCCCUAUUCCCUAUAUAGUGAACUACUUGUGACCAGAGCCCUAUUCCCUAUAUAGUGAACUACUCGUGACCAGAGCCCUAUUCCCUACAUAGUGAACUACUAGUGACCAGGGCCCUAUUCCCUACAUAGUGAACUACUAGUGACCAGAGCCCUAUUCCCUAUAUAGUGAACUACUAGUGACCAGAGCCCUAUUCCCUAUAUAGUGAACUACUAGUGACCAGAGCCCUGGUAAGAAGUAUUGCUCUAAAUGGGGGAUUUGGGAAGCAGGCUAUGGACACAAGUCCAGAUACCUCACUUCCUGUCCAGCGUGUUUCAUUGUCAGCUACUUCCUGUUUAUCGACUCAUGUACUGUUUUACCCAACCCUUCUGAUUGGAUGAUGGUGUGAGGAGAGGAGGCGGGUGGUGGGAGAGAGAUAACUGUUAAGCUAUAUCUAUCCCCAACCGACCAUGACCUUCUACUGAGCCCGUCCGCUAUGUAUUGUAACGUAAACUGAGAUUCCUGUCUGAAGGUAUAUUGACUUCUCUCUCCAGGACCCCUCACCUUGGGGAACUUCCCAUAACUUACUCAAAGACAUUCACUUUUUGGAAGUUGGCCAAUAGCUACUUAAGGCCAAUAGUUUUAGACCUCGUGGCCAAGAAACCCCUCCUAACUAUUCUUCUAGCCCAUAUUAAUAGGUGAGGUUAAAACAAGGUCCCUCAGGAAAAAUAAAGGAUAUUCUAUUCUGCUAUAUUCUACUGUAUGUUCUACAGUAUUCUACUGUAUUAUGUUCUACAGUAUUCUACUGUAUUAUGUUCUACCGUAUUCUACUGUAUUAUGUUCUACAGUAUUCUACUGUAUUAUGUUCUACAGUAUUCUACUGUAUUAUGUUCUACAGUAUUCUACUGUAUUAUGUUUUACUGUAUUAUGUUCUACAGUAUUCUACUGUAUUAUGUUCUACAGUAUUCUACUGUAUUAUGUUCUACAGUAUUCUACUGUAUUAUGUUCUACAGUAUUCUACUGUAUUAUGUUCUACAGUAUUCUACUGUAUUAUGUUCUACAGUAUUCUACUGUAUUAUGUUCUACAGUAUUCUACUGUAUUAUGUUCUACAGUAUUCUACUGUAUUAUGUUCUACAGUAUUCUACUGUAUUAUGUUCUACAGUAUUCUACUGUAUUAUGUUCUACAGUAUUCUACUGUAUUAUGUUCUACAGUAUUCUACUGUAUUAUGUUCUACAGUAUUCUACUGUAUUAUGUUCUACAGUAUUCUACUGUAUUAUGUUCUACAGUAUUCUACUGUAUUAUGUUCUACAGUAUUCUACUGUAUUAUGUUUUACUGUAUUAUGUUUUACUGUAUUACGUUCUACAGUAUUCUACUGUAUUACGUUCUACAGUAUUCUACUGUAUUACGUUCUACAGUAUUCUACUGUAUUACGUUCUACAGUAUUCUACUGUAUUAUGUUCUACAGUAUUCUACUGUAUUAUGUUCUACAGUAUUCUACUGUAUUAUGUUCUACAGUAUUCUACUGUAUUAUGUUUUACUGUAUUAUGUUCUACAGUAUUCUACUGUAUUAUGUUCUACAGUAUUCUACUGUAUUAUGUUCUACAGUAUUCUACUGUAUUAUGUUCUACAGUAUUCUACUGUAUUAUGUUUUACUGUAUUAUGUUCUACUGUAUUCUGCUAUAUUCUACUGUAUUAUGUUCUACUAUUUUAUGUUCUACUGUAUUCUACUAUAUUAUAUUCUACUAUAUUAUAUUCUACUAUAUUGUACUAUAUUCUAUUGUACUAUAUUCUAUUCUAUUUGGCUUUCUAGUAUGUUCGACUCGAUUCUACUUUAUUGUGCUAUAUUCUAUUCUACUAUAUUAUACUGUGUUCAAUACUACUACAUUCUAUUGUAUUGUAUUCUACUAUAUUAUACUGUUACAUUCUACUACAUUCUAUUGUAUUAUAUUCUAUUCUACUAUAUUCUAUUCUGCUCAAUUCUACUAUAUAAGACUAUAUUCUACUAUAUUAGACUCUAUUCUACUAUAUUAGACUCUACUCUACUAUAUUAGACUCUAUUCUACUAUGUUAGACUCUACUCUUUUCUACUCUAUGUAUUGUGUCAAACUCCUACUCCUUACAGUACUAACUGUUUAGUCUUUCCUUAGUAAGAGACAGGAAGUAGAGGGGUGACUGACGAGGUGACACCAAACUGUCUGCCCUCCGGGUCAAAAUGCUAUACGCUCUUAAAGUCCAACCUCAAAACAUAAAUGGGGAAAAAACAAAACCUAUAACACUUAUCUAAUUGUUUAAAUAUUCAUUAUAUAUUAACAAUUCAUUCUUCAUUAACUGAUUCAUUGUUUAAAUAAAAUAAAUCUUAGUGUUA